CAGGAGCUUCCUUCGAAGACGCCGGACUGGAGCAGCAGAGGCCUUAGCGGCUCCCAGGAGGUCUGCUCCUCAUUCGACCUUGAUUAUUUUGGUUCUGAAGAAGAAAGCAUGUCCAGCAGCAGCAGGCGAACCAGCAGUCCUCCUCCAGGUGUUGACCGUGAGCUGUAUGAAUUAAUCAUCAGUAAACUGGAAACUGGCAACAGCCAGAAAGAAGAUGCUCUGAAUCGACUGAUGUCGGCUGCAGGGAGGACGAACGUAUCCGCCAGGAAGCCAUCAGCGCAAGAAGAGCUCAGUGCAGAGGCAGGCAGAAUGAUUUCUGAACUUCCUGACCUGACCUUCAUGCAGGCCAAGGUUCUGAUGUUCCCAAUGUCUCUUGCCCCCAGCACUCACUCUUCUCCAGAACUAUUUUAACCUGCAACAUCAGAGGCUGCAUCUACAACAAAGAACUGUUUAAAAAGACAGGAAAAACACCACAUAUAUGAACUUUAUAUCAAUUGAUGUAGAAAAAAAGCAGAGCCUGACACUCUACCUACUGGCCUAUUUCAUUUAUGCAGUCAGUGUUCUUCUAUUUUCUUUUACCAUACUGCGCCCUCUGCUGGCUGUUUACUUUUACCACUAUUGAGCACACUAAGUAUAGUAAAGUGUAGUCCUAAGAUUUUGUUUUUUAACCAACAUGUUUUUACUUUAGAUACUGCACUUUUUUCAAGUAUGUUUUAA